GCUAAAAGAGGGGGCAGAGGCUGUCAUCAGCAUCUGCACUAAAACGAUGACGGUUGUGUCAGAAACAACGGCUUUUGCUUAAAAAUAAGGGAAAGUAAGAGCAGCAGCCAUCAUGUAUGGUUUUGUGAAUCACGCCCUGGAGCUCCUCGUUUUAAGGAAUUACGGGCCGGAAGUAUGGGAAGACAUCAAGAGGGAGGCCCAGCUUGAUAUUGAGGGUCAGUUCCUCGUUAGAAUCAUAUAUGAAGACGGCAAAACGUAUGAUCUUGUCGCCGCUGCAAGUAAAGUUCUCAAGAUUAAUGCAGGAGAGAUCUUGCAGAUGUUUGGGAAGAUGUUUUUCGAAUUUUGCCAAGAGUCCGGAUAUGACACCAUCUUGCGAGUGCUGGGAUCGAAUGUUCGUGAAUUCCUGCAGAAUUUGGAUGCUCUCCAUGACCACCUGGGUACCAUUUAUCCCGGGAUGAGGGCUCCUUCGUUUCGCUGCACCGAUGCAGAGAAGGGGAACAAUCUGAUUCUUCACUACUACUCAGAGAGAGAGGGCCUGCAAGACAUUGUGAUUGGCAUCAUUAAAACAGUCGCUCAGCAAAUCCACGGAACAGAGAUAGAGAUGAAGAUGAUCCAACCGAAAAGCGAGGAGUGCGACCACAUCAAGUUCCUGAUUGAGGAGAAGGACUCGGAGGAAGAGGCGUUCUACGAGGAUCUGGACGGCUUUGAGGAGAACGGCACGCAGGAGACUCGGAUCAGCCCGUACACGUUUUGCAAGGCCUUUCCGUUCCACCUCAUGUUUGACAAAGACCUGAUGCUGACACAGUGCGGGAAUGCCAUUUAUAGAGUCCUGCCCCAGCUCCAGCCUGGCGCCUGCAUCCUCCCUUCAGUUUUUUCUUUGGUCCGUCCUCACAUUGACUUCAGUUUUCAUGGUAUCCUUUCCCACAUCAACACUGUCUUCGUUCUGCGAAGCAAGGAGGGCCUGCUGAAUGUGGAGACUGUAGAGAAUGAGGAUGAGCUCACGGGGGUGGAGAUCAGCUGUUUGAGAUUGAAAGGACAGAUGAUUUACUUGCCAGAGGCGGAGAACAUCCUUUUUCUUUGCUCACCCAGUGUGAUGAACCUGGAUGAUCUUACACGAAGGGGGCUGUACCUGAGCGACAUCCCGCUACAUGAUGCCACACGUGACCUGGUGCUGCUGGGUGAGCAGUUUCGUGAGGAGUACAAGUUGACCCAAGAGCUGGAAAUCUUGACAGAUCGUCUGCAGCAUACGCUCCGGGCCCUGGAGGACGAGAAGAAGAAGACUGACAGAUUGCUCUAUUCCGUUCUGCCGCCAUCUGUCGCCAAUGAGCUGCGCCACAAACGGCCCGUCCCAGCAAAACGCUACGACAACUUGACCAUCCUCUUCAGUGGCAUCGUCGGAUUCAACGCCUUCUGCAGCAAGCACGCCUCUGCCGAGGGAGCCAUCAAGAUAGUCAACCUGCUCAAUGAUGUUUACACACGUUUUGACAUCUUGACAGACUCUCGGAAGAACCCUUAUGUAUACAAGGUGGAAACAGUUGGUGAUAAGUACAUGACAGUGAGCGGCCUGCCAGAGCCAUGCACACACCACGCCAAGUCAAUCUGCCACCUCGCUCUUGAUAUGAUGGAGAUUGCUGGACAAGUCAAAGUGGAUGGUGAACCUGUACAGAUUACUAUUGGGAUCCACACAGGAGAGGUGGUGACUGGGGUGAUUGGCCAGAGGAUGCCCAGAUACUGCCUCUUUGGAAAUACAGUCAACCUCACAAGUCGUACAGAAACUACUGGUGAAAAGGGGAAAAUAAAUGUCUCAGAGUAUACUUACCGGUGUUUGCAGUCAGCUGAGAACGCCGACCCUCAGUUUCAUCUGGAGUAUCGAGGCCCCGUCACCAUGAAAGGAAAGAAGGAACCGAUGAAGGUGUGGUUUCUGUCCAGGAAGCCCACUGACACAGUCAACCUCAGUUAAAGCUUAACUAUCCCGAUUCAACUCUAAAACACCACAAGUGUCAUCUAGCGGAAGUUCAGUAUUUUGACACAGGGAUGAGGAGGAUCAAGUGGAAUAAAAAAAGUGAUUAUCUAUCCACAAACAUGCAGAUAUUUUUAAUAUGAUGAACCACAUGAACUCGAUUCAAAGUGUAUCUGAAUCUGUUGUAUUAAUCUUUGUUUCUGGCCUCACUAUAUAUUUUUUUAGCACACACACAAAGUGCAGUGUUUCAUGAAUAGUUGAGGUUAGUGAUAUACUGUAAGGUACACUUAAAUUUGAUACAUUUUUUGACAAAUUAUUCUCACGUAGUUAUUUUAUAUAACAUCACUGAACAGAUUUAGAUGAUUAGAACAUUUUCUGUUUAACUUCAGCGUUUUUAGUUGCUAUUUUUGUCGUAUAUACUGUGUACCUGCCAAAAAUGCUGAGAAUUGAUAGUCUUCACUCUGUGUGCCAAAAAAUACUAAUGUAGGUUUAGAUAAAUGAGAUAUGUUUUAAUAAUUGUCAUUUUCACUUUUAGUGAGUAACGAUAAAAUUAAAUCAAACAGAUUUGGGUAAAAUCCCUACUGUCUUUAUAUCAUGUUUCUGUCCAAAUCAUUACUGUCACUAUUUUUGUGGGACCCAUUUUUGUUCAUUGGAUAUGAGAGUUAAGAGGUUUUACACUGAAUAUGUUACACUGGCAUCAAGGUGACAUCAUAAAAUAUUGAAUUCAGCUGCACCAGAGCGAACGCAGCUCUGCCGGCUCCCUCCAGUGAUUGUGCGGAUUGUAUUAGUCCUACAGAUCCCUUUAGAAAAAUGAAUUUAAAUAUUAUACCUAUGUGUAUUUAUAUAGAUCACCGUGUUCAUCAGCUCUUUGGCACGAAAGUUACUGUGCUAACUAGUUUGAUCUAUUUCAAUUCAAAGAUGUAUUUGAUGUUCAGUUAUUUUUUAAAAAGUCACAAGUGAUGUAGUGUUUGAGCCAUAAGCAAAUCUCUUUCAUCACAUAUGUCACUGAAAUAUUAAAGCAGUCCCACUAUAGAGCACUAUACAUGACUUUAUUUAAUAUACACACCGCACCUCUCUACUUAUUAUCCAUGAAAAUAACAUUGAAUACUGUUUUGAAUUCUACUGUUAAAUGCUGAGAUAUUCUUAAAAAAUGACAUAUUUAUUGUUAUUUGGUAUUUAUUUUGUGAUAAGACCUCUAUAUUAUAAAAUGUAGCUAUGACCUUUAGAAAACAGAAUAUACAGUGAAAAAUAAAUUUUAUUAUGGAUGAAACUAAUGUAUGUGCCUCCAUCAUGUUUAUAACUAAACUAAAACAUGUAUUGUAUGCGUUGGAUUCAUUUCUCAUGAGUAUACUGUAUGUAUUGUCCUUUUUUUUCACCAUGUUUUUCCAUAUUCACUAUUGUUACACCUCAGAUAACAACCUAGCAAUCAAUCCAGAUCCAUGCAGACAUAAACAGGUGCCUCUUGUCCCGUAGGAGUGCAUUUCUGUGCUUGUAAGACAUGAUUGUUUUUAUUUGAAUAAUGUUUCUGUUUUGGAGGUCAACUAAUAAAAAGUCUUGAGAA